UCGCGGUUACUAUUGGUAGAUAGCGGGGCUUGGCAGUCAAGGGAGUUUUUACCAUCUAGAGGCGAAGCCCUCUGUACGCUGAGGACGGUAGAAUGCUAGGCCAAACAGACCAGUGGCAACCCCUUUCAUCAAGGCCGCUGGGACAGGGGACAGAGGUGCUUUACCGGGAGGUCGGUGGAGCCAGAGGAGUGGGCAUGGAACCGCAGUACUCCGCGUUAGUCAGUACUCGAGUCAGGGAGAGUGGGCGACCAGGAGGGGAAACCUCGAUAGGAAAAGUGACCGAUGGGAGGGCAGAAAGAUCCUUCAUUUCAGCCUCCUCCAAAUCGAGGGUGGUUAUGGGCAGUGAGCUCGUAGGUGACGAUGCAGCCAGGAUUGUUACAGGUAGGGGCGAGGCGGAAGGACUGUAUGCUGAAGGCUCAGAAUCCUCAACAGACAGCUCAGCGGGUUCACACAGGAGGGGAGGCUCGGAUACCGGGAACAAGCAGGGAGGGCAGUGCAGAGGCAACCCACUUUACCAGGGGAAGGAGAUAGCUUACGAGAACAGAGAUAAUGUAGAGAGGAGGAUAGUUCCCCUGGUAUGUUCAAGAGGUAAGGACUCUGUCUUUUUCCUAGGGAUGGCCGAUGAGGAGGGCAUGCGUUACUUGCCGUCUGAAGCAGUGGCAAAGACCCCGUCUCCGAUCGAGAUUGUAUCCCACACGAAGAACCUUUUUGGUGACGCCUUCCCGCUGAGGAUUGUCCCUAGAUCAACGAUGAUUAACCUGGUCAUUGAACUACAAGACAAGACCUACAAACUGUACUUCCCUCUAAUAGAUGCUAGGAUCGACUCAGUCAUAGCCAACUCCCUUUCCCAGGCAGGAGUCAAUUGGUUUCAGUUACAUGCAGUAAGAGAGCUGAAUAGCCAUGAAUUAGAAUCGAUAGCUAUCACGACUGAGAUCUCUGCGUUGGUACUAUUGAACGUCAAUGACAAGUUGGGGAUAGCAGGAAACCUUCAUUCCCAGUUCCUGGCAAACUCGCUGCUAGAAGCUUGGCGCUCGCCGUCUCAGUCCAGCAACUCAAGGUCCUCAAGGCGAUCCAGUCCGAUGCUGAGAUCCCCGCAGCCGGAGCAGGCAAGGUGGGCGGAUCAGUCCCAGUCACAUGUAUACAACGAGGUGCUAACAGGUGGCAAUCUGGGAGAGCUGAUGACGCAUGGCGUCAUCUCAGUGAUGUUCAAGAAGGGCGACAAGGCCAAUGUUAGGAACUACAGGCCAAUCUCGGUUCUCAACGUGGACUACAAAAUUUUAGCCAAGACGGUAGCAAUCCGACUGAGGAAUAUUCUCCCAAGGUUGAUCGAGAGGGACCAAGGGGCGUUCGUCCAGGGCGCGGUCAGAGAGGUGGCAGAUACUGUGCUGUCAGUGAUUAAGAGGCUGGUGUCCAGGUUUCUGUGGAAACCCCGAGCAGUGGCGGAAGGAGGGUUCCUAGUCAAGGUGGCGUGGGAGCUGAUAACCACCAGCACGGUGGCGGAGCAGAGCAGAUUUGAAUCCCAGAAGAAGCAGAGCAAAGUGAGAACGGGGACGAGGAUGGCGGCGACCGUAGAUGACCUCUUGAGGCUGGAGAUGCCUGCGGACGAGAAGCGCAUCAUUGCAGAGUAUAUCUGGGUGGGAGGGAGCGGUCUUGACCUCAGGAGCAAGCCCCGCACCCUGCCUGGUCCCGUCAAGUCGGUGUCUGAGCUUCCCAAGUGGAACUACGAUGGGUCCAGCACGGGCCAGGCUCCCGGCGAGGACAGCGAGGUGAUUCUCUAUCCGCAGGCCAUCUUCAGGGAUCCCUUCCGAGGCGGGGACAACAUCCUUGUGAUGUGCGACUGCUACACUCCUCAGGGCGAGCCCAUUCCCACCAACACUCGCUACGCUGCCAACAAGCUGUUCCAGCAGGCGCUGGAGACGGAGCCGUGGUUCGGCCUGGAGCAAGAAUACACUUUGCUGGAGAAGGAGCACAAGUGGCCGCUGGGCUGGCCCGUCAAUGGCUACCCCGGCGCGCAGGGSCCGUACUACUGCGGCGUGGGUGCUGACAAGGCGUGGGGGAGGCGCAUCGUGGACGCCCACUACARGGCCUGCGUGUACGCCGGCAUCACRAUCAGCGGGACCAACGGCGAGGUGAUGCCSGGGCAGUGGGAGUUCCAGGUGGGGCCGGCCGUCGGGAUCGCGGCMGGGGACGAGCUGUGGGUGGCGCGGUACUUGCUGGAGCGGAUUACUGAGAUGGAGGGGGWKAUUCUGUCCCUGGACCCGAAGCCCGUGSAAGGCGACUGGAACGGUGCCGGGUGCCACUGCAACUUCAGCACCAAGGCGAUGAGGGAGGACRGCGGAUGGGAGGUGAUCAUGGAGGGCGUGAAGAAUCUGGAGCUGAGGCACAAGGAACACAUCAAGGCSUACGGCGAGGGCAACGAGCGGCGGCUCACGGGCCGCCACGAGACGGCCAGCAUGGACCGGUUCUCGUGGGCCGUUGCGAGCAGAGGGACGUCCGUGAGGAUCGGAAGAGACACGGAGGCGAAGAAGAAGGGGUACAUGGAGGACCGCCGCCCGGCGUCCAACAUGGACCMGUACGUCGUCACCUCCCUCGUCUUCGACACCACCAYGCUCUGGAAGCCAUUAUAGAAUGAGGUAUAUACAGUUACAUAGUGUUUUUGUACGCAUGUACGCCAUCCCGCAUACGGGUGAUUGUACUACUUGCAAGACUAUAGUUCGAAUGUCUGGUAGAUCGGUUCUGCGUAAGUUAUAGUGUACUGCGGUCCUUGCCCUUCGUCUUAGCAGCUUGAAGGGUGAAUUAUUUUACAAUGAUGCAUUCUUGAGAUAAUGUAGGUAUAUCUAGUCAGUACAUGCCAUUCAGAGUCGGUUCCGAUAGUUGAUUGUCUUCGAAUUGUUCUUUGGAUGAGAGAGAGAGAGAGAGAGAGAGAGAGAGAGAGAGAGAGAGAGAGAGAGAGACUUGUAGUUGAGGAAUGAAUAGUGCAAUCGUUU